CCUCCUCUCCAUCGACGCCCUGCCUCCCCCUCCAAUUUCCAUGGAAGACGAUCGCCGUCUUCGCGAUGAUCCGUCAAUCAUUGACAACCCAUUCCUGCAGUUGCUCUUGUUCACUCCGCCUAUCCACUCCGAGGACCAGGCUUCUGCGCCGGGGUCGAUCCUCCUCGACCCGUACGGCUACGUCAGCGAUCGCACCAACGGCACCACCGCCGAGGGCUUCACGAGGGACGGCAACCUCAUCCUGGUCACCUUCUGGCCGGCCAGCCCGCCUCGCGCUUCCUGCUUCACCGUCCAUUGCCCCGACCUCAAGCCCUCCGCGUUCGGCGACUUGCCCAAGGUCAUCAGCGCGGAGGACGACCUCGUCCUGCUCCGCGUCGCCAUCUGCCCUCGGGGCGAACACCUGUUUGACAAGAGCAGCGACUACUUCGUCUAUCAGGCCGGCACCAAGAACAAGGCGCCAUCGCUUAAGCUGGUCCCCACGCCCCCCGACCUCGAGAUCACCGACGACGGGACUGUCCUGCUGCGCUGCCGCGACCACGACAUGUUCUUCCUCGCCACUCUCCGUAGGUCGUUCAUCAAUUUGCAGUACGCCGGGAGGCAGUUCGAUCUCCAGCUGUACAAUUCCAAGACUGAGAGAUGGAGCACCAAGUUGAUGCAUGUUGAUUCACCGGAGAAUUUCGCGUAUCACUAUGCCAACAACGUGAUCACCAUCGGAGGGGAGCUCGGUUCAGUGGGCUGGGUCGACCUCUGGCGGGGCAUCCUCAUCUGUGACCUGCUCCUGGACAACCACAGUCUUCGCUACAUCCCACUACCGUCGCCACUGGUGCCCAAGCCGCCCAGGGGUCAACCGAUGUUUAUUCGGAACAUCAUUGUCCUCAAAGGUUACAUCAAGUACUUUGAGAUGCACAGAUGCAUCACUAAAGGUUGGGAGGCUACAACAAUGAUGAUGAAUUUUUCAAAUAUUGGUUCUGGGAACAGCUGGGAGGUGGACUGCACUAUCAAAUUUUCUGAGGUCCCGGUGAACAGCCCGGCGCACGCCCAGAUGCUGCCUAUUCUGCUAGAGGGUAAGGAUACAGAGCCAACCUUGAAGAGACUCCACGCAAGUUAUCCUGUUCUGAGCUUGCACGACGAUGAUGUUGUUUACAUCAUGGCCAAUCCUAAUCCCUUUGAGGACAAGGCAUCGGUGAUUGCAGUUGAUAUGAGGAAUAAGACUCUAAAAGGUGUGUCUGAUUUUGGCUCUGGAAGACCCGCAGGUUACGGUUUCACCUUCCUACAAAGUGGGAUCUCCAAGCAUCUAGGUAUUUGGUCCUCCACCAGAAAGAGAGGGAAUGCUGUGAGACGGAUUGCUGCUGAAACAGGUAGGAAGGGAAUUGCUGCGCCAUCAGGCAAGUAAGAAGUUACAGAGGAGGCUGUAUAACCGCAACGUGACUCAAAAAGUUGAAGGAAAUAGGCGUAGUAGAAGACAUGACCAUGGAGCACGUAGGGGCAGUGGUAACUCGAUUUAUGUAUGCUUUGCAGUGUGUUAUGGAUUAAGGGAAUGAUUCAGAAUUCAGGGUGCAUGUCAAGGGAGACACUGUUUUGCACUCUUUGAAUUCUGUUUCAUCUUUCUCUUACCAACUUUUCUUGUGGCUUGCUGAGUCGGGAAUUAUGUCAAUAACACAACUUAUUUUGACCCUUGGUUUCA